AUGCCCUCCCUGAACCGCCCACCAUUGCCUGCUGGCUGCGCCUUAGUGCGCGACGUUGGGCUAUAUCUCCAAUCGCUAGUCAAGCAUAAGAACGAUCCAUCCUCCGUCGCCCCUACUCCACCUCCGCAGCUUGGCCUCGAGCUUCAGAUCGAAUGUGAGCUCAUUGCGGAGGUUAUCUUGACUGCACUGCAAAACGCAAGACAAACCACCUGGCCCCUGAGCGACUACCUGAAGGCUUCGGGCGGAAGAAAGAUGACCGACAGCUUACCUGGAGUCUCUACAGUCAAACCAGAUGGCGAGCUGGAGGUUCUCGACGAGCCCUUCUGCGUCAUGGAUUCGAAGGAGUUGAUUUUGGCUUGGUAUUGUCCGCAUAUUUUGACUCGUGAAAGACAAGCAAGUAUUGACAAACUUACAUUUGCCGUGGAAUGGUUGUCAAAAGUCCCAGGACUAGCUAUGGACGGUGAAUCUGAAUCCAGUUUCCGCUCCCACCCUUCCCUCUUUGGCAAGGACAAUAGCUUUAGGAGUGGAGUCAUAACGUUGGCAUCCUGUUGGUCGAUGCAGGGUCAUCCGAACGGACCAUUCUCCCCUUCGGCCAACUUUAAGAGACCCAAUCAGCCCGUGCUACCAUUUUUAAAGAUGAUCUCGGAGAGUCUGGCAAUCCUGGGUGGUAUUCUCUCUAUUAUCCAUCCGGCGAUGUUUGAAUGCGGGCUAGAUGUUUUAGCAAACCUCAACGCUGGUCAAAUCAAGGAUGUGCAAGAUGUAGACAUCCUGCGUAAGGUGCUCGAGUCAUGGAGCUCGCCGUUUACCGCAUUUUCCCUCAUUAUCAACCGCGAAACACCAGUCCAUAAGGACGGGCUAAGCCCUCCGUUUAGUUACGACUUACUUUAUACAGGAGGGUUCUACGAGGACGCACGGCUAGAGGUCCGUGGCAUCGGCCUGAGGGUGCGAUACGUCCCUGGGACUGUGAAAAAGCAAAUCUCAGACUCCAUGGCCGGAUUAUCCAAGCUGAAUGAGCAGCAGAAAGUGCGGUGCAGGGAGCUAAGAAGAGAACAAACUUCAACCAGUGUCAACCUCCGCUUCGCUCUGUACGACGUUGAGAACCUGAUAGAAGGAAUUGAACGCUUGGCGGAGCUCUCCUGCGAGUCCGACGCAGGGGAUGAAUUGCGCCAAGAGCUGCUCCCUGGAGCAGACAAACUCAAACAGGCGCUGGAGAUGCUGAUCGAAGGGAAUAGACGAUGUCGGGGCCUCCUGCGAGAGUUGGAGAAAGGGCGAUGA